CGCUUUCACUUUCACUUAACUACGGCGGGAACAAACUACCAGUCUAUAAUUUGGUGGUAUUAAUUAGGAAAAUGGAUGAAGAACCUAUGGAGAUGUCUCCUGAUGGAAACAGAAAUAGAAGCUACUACCAAGGAUUCCAUGACAACAGUAAUUCUGAUAUGGAUGUGGAUACAUCCCAUGACAGAUCAUAUCCUGCACCUUAUGUUAAUAACUUUUCAUUCCAUAAUAUGAGUGCUACUAUAGCAACCUCAUCUCCAUUUAAAAGUGAGUCUAAGUAUUUUCAACAGACAGGAGAGUCAGUAAAGCCAUUAGGAAUGAGACCACUAAUAGCAUCAAAAAAGAAUCAAGAAGAAAAAAUAAGCAAUUUACACAAAGAUGAAAAUUUGAACACUCUUCUAUCAGAAUCAAAUAAACAUAUGAAAUCAUCUUUAGAGAAAAAGAAAUCUAGAUCUAAGAGUAAAGAAAUGUCUCCAAGGGAAAAACGUGUAAACCGACGAAAAUCAGGAAAUCAGUACGAUGUACGAAGAAAGUUUUAUGGAUGGUUGUUCCUGGCUGUUUUAUUUGCACUUCUUUCAACAUUCAUAGUAAUCCAUCAGAAAUGUCAUAUACAUAUGGAUGUAGAUAAAUUUGAACAUGUUUUUGAUGAAAAUGUAUUUGGUCAGCAUAUUGCAAAACAUGCUUUGACAACAACACUUAGAAAUAUUUCUGUACGAAUGCAGAAUGACACGAAAUUGUCAACCAAUCCUCUUGUUUUUUCUUUUCAUGGUUGGACUGGUGUUGGCAAAAAUUUUGUGACCAAACAGUUGCUGUAUGGCUUUGAUAAUGCUAGAGUGACAACUUUCCUUAUUCCUCUUCAUUUUCCACAUAAAUCGCAAGACGAGGAAUAUAAAAUAAAUAUUCAAAAAUGGGUGAAAGGAAACAUAACUUUGUGUUAUGUUAAUAUGUUUGUUUUUGAUGAAAUGGACAAAGCAACACCUGGUCUUCUAGAGGGACUGCUAUCUGUCAUGAAAGAUAUAGAGAGAAUUGAAAUGGAAAAAACAUGGAUUAUAUUUUUAUUCCUAAGCAAUUCAAGAGGUCAUCAAAUUAAUAAUUACCUUUUUACGGAAAUGAAAUCUGGGAAGGAUAGAAAUGAUAUCACCUUUGAGGAAAUUCUUCCUGUUUUAACUAAUCUUGAUUCCAGUGAUGAGUGGUAUAAAGACUUUAAUCAGCAGGGUUUGAUUCAUACAUUUGUACCUUUUCUUCCACUUAAUAAAUAUCAUGUGCACCAGUGCAUUGAAAAAGAUAUAAUUAAGAAGGGGAGCCAACCUACCACAGAAUUAAUAAACAGUAUCUCAGAAGAAAUGCAUUAUAUUCAGCCAGUUGCAGAUCAUGUUCCCUACUCUUUAACAGGAUGUAAAAGGGUUUCAGACAAAGUGGAUAUUCACAUAUAAUAAUGUUACAUAUUUAAAUUUCUGUGAUACACAAUUUUUUCAUAUCUGUUUAUUAAACAUGAUUCAUUUGUU